CCAACAGGGGCGGCACUGAACCCAGCAGGAUCAAAGGUUAGUGAACUUAACCAAAUGCUUAGAAAAGUUUGUGUGAUCUGCCAAGCAGUGCACUCCCAUCUCACUCUUCUGGAAGUCCUCUGAGCCCCUGCCAUCAUGAACCUAAAGCUCCUCUUCUUUUGCCUCUUCUUGGCGGUGCUCCUCAAACCUGCUGAACUAAAACGCAAAAAGAAAAAACAUGAUCAUCAUGCUGAUGAGCUUCGAGGACAUGGCCAUCAAAAAGGCGACAAAAAAAGAGGAAGAUUUGAGGACAUAAUUAACGACAUAUUCUUUACGAUCCGGGACGAAGCUGGGGAUGAUGACGAUGAUGACGAAUCAAAUUCGGACUGGCUUUUUGAACUUCAAGAGCCAGAAGGCCAUUGCGACCCAAACCCUUGCCACCACAAUGGACUGUGUGAGGAAAAAGAGGGAAGGAAAAGGAACUUUGAAUGUGAUUGUCCCAAACCUUUCAAGGGAAAGAAAUGCCAGAGAGGUCCAAAGGCUUGUAGAAGAGGUAGGUGCGGGCGUGGUGAAUGUGUCCUGAUUUCAACUCGCCCAUACUACGAGUGCAAAUGCAAGGCGCCCUUCCAGCCUCCAAACUGCAGAAACUAUUCAUUAUGUAAGCCUAAUCCAUGUCGGAAUGGUGGAAAAUGCGUCAAUGAAGGCAAUGACUUUGACUGCCAGUGCCCAGCAGGGUUUAGAGGACGUUUCUGCCAUGUUGGCCCAGAUGACUGCUACGUGGGUGACGGAGAGUCGUAUCGUGGCACUGUGAGUGAGACAGAUGAUGACCACGAAUGCCUCCACUGGAACUCUCACUUCAUCCUGGAGAAAGGAGUGGAUCCCUUUAACUCCUUCGAGGACCAAGAUGGACUUGGCCCUCACAACUUCUGCAGAAACCCAGACGGAGAAUCGAUGCCCUGGUGCUUCUACAGAAAAGGCCCCAGGUUGUUGUGGGACACUUGUAAUGUCAUAGAGUGUCCCGUACCAACAGGUGAGACGCCAACAGACAUCGUCCCAACAGACAUCGUCCCAACAGUCAUCGUCCCAACUGUCAUCGUUCCAACUAUCAUCGUCCCUACAGAUGCCAUCCCCCAGCCUGAAAUACCUCCAAUCGUCCCGGUAAACCUUGAGGACCCCACCCAGGCUCCAACAGCUUCUCCUACACCAACUAAGGAGACUUUCGUCCCUACCGCCACCCCUGGACCGCAGCAGUUCGCCACCUGCGGGAAGGCUCAGCCGAAAAAGAAAAUUACCCGAAUCUUUGGGGGUCUGAAGGUCCCUCCCGGGGCAGUACCCUGGCAGGUGUCCCUGCAAGUGAAACCAAAGAACUCCAACCAGCGCUUCACACACACGUGUGGAGGAGUUCUCAUCGAGAGCUGCUGGGUGCUGACGGCUGGACACUGCAUUCAACCAAUGAUGGACAAGCAGGUGGUUUUAGGAAGUCUGUCACUGAAUGAUGAGGAACCCACAGAGCAAGUCAUAAAAGUUCAAGAGGCUAUCCUGCAUGAGAACUACAGAGAGACUAGUGAAGCUGUUUACAAUGACAUAGCCUUAUUAAGGCUGGAAGGCACUGAUGGUGUUUGUGCCAAUGAGACUCAGUUUGUGAAGACCGCCUGUCUGCCUGAUGCCCAGCUGCCUGAUGGGAUGGAUUGUAAAAUCUCUGGAUGGGGUGCCACAGAAGAAUCUCAAACUGGUUCCAACCACCUGCUGGAGGCCAAUGUAAUGCUGAUUAACCAGGAGAAGUGCGCUGAACCCGAUAUUUAUGGCCGCGUCCUGGAUAACACGAUGUUCUGCGCUGGCCACCUGAUGGGAGGGGUAGAUUCCUGUCAGGGUGAUUCUGGAGGACCAUUAACAUGUGAGCAGAACACCAACAGCGUUGUUUAUGGUCUGGUGAGUUGGGGAGACAAAUGUGGAAGGAAGAACAAGCCCGGGGUCUACACAAGGGUCACUCACUUCCUGGACUGGAUCAAGUCAAAGACACAAGCAGCAUCUGCAUAAGCAAACUCUCUUACUCAGCAUCUUGCCAGUGUAGCGAAAGGACUUGGUUAUCAAGUCUUACUCAUCAUGACUUCGCUUUUUGGUUAUACGCAGUUGUAUCUGGUAAUCAAAUACCAUUUUAAAUUCAUAUGCUUCUUAAUAAAACCAUCCUAAGAAAUUAAGAAAAUGUGUCAUUUCUGUUUAAUGUGUUACGUCAGGAACAGAUCAAAUAAAUGUCAUAUUUCUUUG